AUGAAUAAAUUGAUAAAUAAUAAUUUCAUUAAAAAUGUUACAAAAUUUAAUAGAUCAAAUUUAAGUUUAUUAUCAACUAAUAAAAUUAUAAAUAGUAAUAGUUUUGUAAAGCAUUAUACGACUAGCAAUGAAGAAAGAGAUAGAGAGGAGAUCAGAGAGUUUAUAAGACAACAAAGUAUAACAGAUACAAGAAAAAUAGCAAAGCCAAAAAAUGCAAUAAAUAGAAAGGUAAAGAGAAAUUUAGCAUAUCAACACAAUAGAAAUCCAGAUAAUAUUAUUUUGGGGGGAAUUGUAUCAUCAUCACAACCAGUACCACCACACAUUCAAGUACCACCAUAUGUUAAGGGUGAAAAAGUAAUCGAUAUGGAUUUGGAUGACCCAAUUGAAAUUCAUACUCCAGAAAGUAUUGCUGGUAUGAGAGCUGUAUGUAAAUUAGCAAAAGAAAUACUACACUUUGCAGGCACCUUGGUUAAACCCGGUAUUACAACAGACGAAAUCGAUAAAAUUGUUCACGAGGAAAUUAUUAGACGUGGUGCUUACCCAUCACCAUUAGGUUAUAAAGGUUUUCCAAAAUCAAUUUGUACUUCUGUAAAUGAAAUUUUAUGUCAUGGUAUACCUGAUGAUAGACCUCUUCAAAAUGGUGAUAUUAUAAAUAUUGAUGUCACUGUUUAUUUGAAUGGUUACCACGGUGAUACCUCUGCCACUUUUCCAGUUGGUGAAAUUGAUGAAGCCGCUAAAAAAUUAAUCAAUAUUGCUCAAAAAGCUUUAUUUGUUGGUAUGGAGGCUGUUAAACCAGGAGAACAAUUCAAAGAAAUUGGUAGAGCUAUUCAAACUAUGACCCAUAAACAUUCUUUUGGUGUUGCAGCAGAAUUUACAGGCCAUGGUAUUGGUAAAACUUUCCAUUGUGCACCAUAUGUUUUCCAAUGUGUAAAUAAGUUUGAUUUUGUUAUGAAGCCAGGUAUGAUAUUUACAGUUGAACCACUCGUUGUAGAAUCAACUACUCCAUUUGUAGAGUGGGAAAUGUGGGAUGACGAAUGGACAAUUCACACCAAGGAUUAUGGAUGGUCUGCUCAAUUUGAACAUACUAUUUUGGUCACUGAGGAUGGUUAUGAAAUUUUAACAGAAUAA